AUGCCGGAUGUGCAACAUAACAAGACAACCGGUAAUGAAUUGCUUGGAAUUCAUUCCAACACCCAUUUGCUCCGGGUCCCUUCAACACUCCACAUGUUUUGCUCACCACCGCCAACAACACUCCACAACAAAACGAUGGAACCAAUUAGUAGCAGGAAGGAAAUCUUGGGUCUCUUUUGUUCCAAGUAUGGUGUUAAUGUUGAAAAUGUUGGAAACGAGAUCCUCUAUCCUCCUCCAAGUCAACAUAAUGCUUCCAAAAAUGACAGCGCCAACGUGAAAAUCCCCAAUUUGAUUGACGCCCAGGCUGCAGUUGAAUGCAUUACCGUGAAUCGCUAUGCUAUGAUGGCAGAUGAAGACACAAAGGGUUGUUUCAGGUUGCAUAAGCUAGAUACUGGGCGGGAGGAGACACCAGUGACGACCAAAAACAUCGCUGUUGCGUCUUCAUAUGGCACAAUUUCUAGCAUCCUGUUGGCGAUGGUGUCACAAGCCUUGGUUAUUCACAAAGAUGAGAAGGGAGCAUUUUCAUUUCAGAUUGGAGCACAGCCCAAUUGGAAUGCCCGAGGAAUAGACCGUAAUGCGAUAUCUGGGAUGUUUGACGAGCACAAGCACAAAAGUUUGCUGUCUUUCUAUUUGGGAAAUCAAGGAACAAAGGAACGAGAGGACCACAAAUUCGCUCUGGUGCCAUAUGCAACCAAAGGAGAAUUCGAAGAGAAAGAGGCCCUGGUAAUGCCAUGGGGUGACAAGUUAGCCUCUCGAGGAUGGAAGGAGUGCGAUGCUGAGUCCUAUGCAUUAAUGGCCAAACUUUAUACUGAUGAUGCUUCGAAAUUUAAAAACAUGGGCGAACUUGAUGAAGCUGGGGUUGCCAUGUCAUUGUCUGAAAUCCUUAAUGGAAUAUCAGAAAAGUAUAAAGGCCUCACCACCAAAGAAAGUAUCCAAAAAUUUGUUGCCAAGCUGUUGGAACUUUCGCCAAUUGAUCAUUGGUCUACUGGAGCACGGAAUUAG